AUGUACGUUACCGUGUUUGAACCGUCAACGUUCGUCAAUCGUCCCGCCCUCGGGAUUUACCCGCCUGCCGACUGGGUUGGUCGCCUGCAAGCCGCUCUGUUAUCGACUGAGCGGCGUGAUGACACCCCUGUGACCCCCGAGGAGAUGUCGAGCUCCAAGGAAGGCCAACCCCUGGGCUGCCCCAACCUCGCCGUCCUCUCGUUCAACAACUCCUUUUACGACAGGACAGUAGGUUGUCUCGGAAUCACCCACUCCAAGUACAUCCACAAGCUAGACUUUCCCGUGCCGGACUGGCCUGUGGCGCGGUUUCCGGCACUCAAGUAUCCGCUCGAGGACCAUGUGCGCGAGAACCAGGAGGAGGAACGACGCUGUCUGACGAUGGUUGAGGAACUGAUCGACGCCUGGAACCGGAAGGGGAUGCCGGUUGCCGCCGUGGCGGUGGAGCCCAUUCAGGGUGAGGGCGGGGACAACAUGGCGUCUAGGGACUUCUUUCAAGGCCUUCGAGAUAUCACGCCAUUGUGGCGUUGGCGCGGUAUUGGCUUGUUAGUGGACGAGGUCCAGAACGGAUGCGGCGCUACGGGUCUCUUUUGGGCGCACGAGCACUUCCGGUUCAGCGACACGCCAUAUGUGGUGACCUUUAGCAAGAAGAUGCUCACCGGAGGUUUCUUCAGCAAGGAGUCUUUCGUACCGAAAGAUGCUUUCCGCGUCUUCAACUCGUGGGUGGGCGACCCUUCGAAGGCCGCGCUCCUGGAGGCCGUGGUCAAGGUCAUCAAGGGAGAUAACCUCCUUGACAGGGUCAAGGUCACGGACCAGCACCUGCUGAAUGGUCUCAAACAAAUGCAGGGUAAAUACCCCGGUUUGAUAAGCAAUGCCCGUGGGCUGGGGACACACUGCGCUAUCGACUUCAAAGACGCUGCUAGUCGUGAUAAGACAAUCGCCAAGCUGAGAGAAAGGGGAGUCCACAUGGGCGCUUGCGGUGCCGCCACGUUGCGACUCCGUCCCGCGUUGAUCCUUGAAAACAAGCACGUGGACAUAUUCAUGGAGAGUUUCGACCGUGUGCUCGCAAAUAUGAAUAGUUGAACAGGCCGAACGAACUAAUUUCUUUGUAGCCGGCAUUAGGUUUCUUAUAAUACUAUGAUAAGACCGACAAUAAAUGACUAAAUGUACACUUAUAUGGACAUGGUUUCAAGCCCUUGUGGCCGGUUGUUUAAGAUUUGCACAUUACAAACAAUUAUGUAAUUAUGUUUUGAUGCUGCGUCAGUAUUAUAAGUUUCAAGUGUAUUAACCCAUUUAUGCCUAAUGGACUCUCCCACCCUUCUAAAUUGGAUCAAUUUAUUUCCAAAAUUAGUGAUGUCUAGUAUAUUUAUUUCUAUAUUUAGAAUAUUUCUGACAGAAAUUCCUUUAAGCAAACAGCGCAGACCCUGAUGAGACGCCGCAUCAUGCGGCGUUUCAUCUGGGUCUACGCUGUUUGCCAAGGCCUUUUUUCUAGACACUAGGCAUAAAUGGGUUAAUUAAACAGUACAUAUAGAAGGCCAUAAGCCCAAGAGGACAAAGUUGGCAAACAGUGUUUACAAAGUAAAAAUUUUAUGUGUAUAAUUAGUAAUAAUACGUUUCAUUGCAAAAUUGCAUGCAUGUACUAUCAAAUAUUGGAAUUCUGUAUUAAUAAUUAUCAAUUAUCUAUUAUUAAAUAUGUGUAC